UCAUACGACCUUGCGUUUAUCGGUUCGUCAACUCCAAUUCCAGAUGUAUCUUACAUCAGCAUCUACUGACUUAUCGAUUCAGGCGCCCCUUUCGAUACGGGAACAUCGUAUCGUCCCGGCGCUCGCUUUGGGCCUUCGGGAAUCCGGCAAGGGUCUCGACGGCUGAAUCUUUACGGUGGAUAUAAUGUACCUCUGAAGACGAAUCCUUUCGACUCAUGGGCGACCGUCUUAGACUGCGGAGACAUACCUGUGACCUCGUGAGAUUUCCGAUAUAUGUAUAUAUAUAUGUUAAAGAUCUCAAGCCAAUUGACCGUCAUCUCGUUACCAGGUACGACAAUACGUGGGCUUUGAAGCAGAUCGAGGAAGGGCACUUCAGCAUCCUAUCGCGGGCUCCCAAGACGGACGCAAAGAAACCAGGUCCCGCGAAGAAAGGCAAGACGCUCCCGAGGGUCAUCACGCUAGGGGGAGACCAUACAAUCACCCUGCCGUUACUUAGAUCGAUCAACCGCGCAUAUGGCCCUGUGUCCGUUAUCCAUUUCGACAGCCAUCUCGACACCUGGCGACCCAAGGUCUUCGGCGGCUCGCCGUCGGAAGUAGCAAGCAUCAACCACGGGACCUACUUCUACCACGCGGCGCAGGAGGGCCUGCUCGCCAACGACACCAACAUCCACGCCGGCAUCCGCACGACGCUGAGCGGGCCCAGCGACUACGAGAACGACGGGUACUGCGGCUUCGAGAUCGUCGAGGCGCGCGAGAUCGACACCAUCGGCGCCCGGGGCAUCAUCGAGAGGAUCGUCGAGCGCGUCGGCACCGAGAACCCCGUUUACCUGUCCUUGGACAUCGACACCUUGGACCCGGCCUUUGCCCCGGCCACCGGGACGCCGGAGACGGGCGGGUGGAGCACGCGAGAGCUGAGGACUAUUCUCAGGGGUCUCGAGGAUCUCAACAUUAUCGCGGCGGAUGUUGUCGAGGUUGCUCCUGCUUACGACACUAAUGCUGAGCAUACUACGAUGGCGGCCGCCGAUGCACUCUACGAAAUUAUGAGCAUCAUGUUGAAGAAGGGUCCGCUAAGUAAGAUGAUUGCGGACGGGGGUAGUGAUAAUGAGCUCUGAACUUUAUGUGUCUGCGGCAUACAUUGGGACAUGCCAAUCAGCACGAAGAUCCCAGCAUGAAUUUUGAUACGAUGAUAUGUGGCGUUUUCCUAGAUCUGGAUGUUUAUAAGGCUGUCGGUGUAGGUUGAUGAUCAUCGCUCUUGUCCAUUAUCCUGAUAUAAGUGUGUGUAGCAUUUACUGAACGACGUGUUUUGUAUCGUCUUCUCCUUUCCUCAGCUCUGGUUGUUAGUCAUUACAUACUUGAAACUUGAAUUGAUUUUGUUUUGAUAUGA